AUGGAGACGAUUUCGAUUUAUCCGACUCUCGAACGCUUCGAUUUAUCACAGUACGCGGUUACUGUAUCCGUGGAUGAAACACCAUCGACUGAUACGGGAUCUGUUGAACAAGACGACGUGGCCAGUAUACCUGCCGACGACAUACAAAUUCCGACUGUAUUAGAUGUUAUUAAACCUGAAGUGGUUACUCCGAUUCGAUUGCUAACUGAACGAGAUAGACCACGAGAGGAAUGCAAAUCUUGGAGUCGAUGGCUAUUUUCGCGAAUUACUAAUGUGCUCGAAAAAUCACCGGAACAUGUGGCUCUGAUCGAUGAGAUUGGAGAACGACAAUACAUUACCUAUGAGGAAUUGAUGAAAAAUGUGAACCGAGUCGCUAAUUUCCUCCUUUAUCAUGGCAUUACAAAAAGUGCUCGCGUGGCGAUCUGUAUGAACAGCAGUAUAGAAUACAUUUAUUAUGAACUCGCUCUGUUCCUUAUUGGAGCUGUACCAAUCCUGCUGAAUCCUGGACAUGUAGCAUCUGGACGUUUUCCGCGAUUCCAAUGCAAUGCUCUUGUUGUUGAUGGCGAGCACUACAGUCAUGUUCUCCGAACGAUGAAGAACUUUGUCGGUGCAAUGGUUUGUUGGCAUAACUUCUUCUCAGAACUAUGUGACACUGUCGCUUGA